CGGCCGCUAAGAGGAGACCAAGAGGCGGGGGCUGCACUUGACAACCAGCAUGCCGAGAUGGCACGCUUUGUGCCCUCCCCACCUCCGAACUGCCUCAGUUACAAAGCAGAGGGCAGGCUUGCUGAUCAAGACUGGCAGGCGCAUUUCAAGGUCCCAUGCUGCGGGGUGGAUCCCUCUCAACUUGAGUCAGAAGAGGCAGAAGUGGAUGUGAGAGAAAGAGACACCCAGAGAGACAGAGAGCCAAAGAGGGCGAGAGACUUGACUUUAAGAGACCCCUGUCCCGACAACUCCAUGCAGUUCGGAACCAGAACGACUGCGGCUGAACCAGGGUUCAUGGGGACAUGGCAAAACGCUGAUACUAACCUCCUCUUCAGAAUGUCCCAACAGGUUCCACUGGCAUGUGCUGGCAGAGUGCUGGGUGCAGACUUUUGCCCAAACCUGGAGGAGCCAGACCAGAGGCUGGAAGUCCAGGCCAUCCGCUGCACACUGGUAAACUGCACGUGUGAGUGUUUCCAGCCUGGGAAGAUUAACCUGCGGACGUGUGAUCAGUGUAAACAUGGCUGGGUGGCGCACGCCUUGGAUAAGCUCAGCACACAGCACCUGUACCACCCCACUCAAGUGGAGAUCGUGCAGUCCAAUGUCGUGUUUGACAUCAGCAGCCUGAUGCUCUACGGGACACAGGCAGUGCCAGUGAGGCUAAAGAUACUGCUGGACCGGCUCUUCAGUGUCCUGAAGCAAGAGGAAGUGCUGCACAUACUACAUGGCCUGGGCUGGACCCUGCGGGACUAUGUCCGCGGAUACAUCCUUCAGGACGCUGCCGGCAAAGUUCUGGACCGCUGGGCCAUCAUGUCUCGAGAAGAGGAAAUCAUCACCCUUCAGCAGUUUCUGCGGUUUGGAGAAACCAAAUCCAUUGUGGAGCUGAUGGCAAUUCAGGAGAAAGAAGGGCAAGCUGUGGCCGUACCAUCUUCAAAGACAGACUCGGACAUACGGACUUUCAUCGAGAGCAAUAAUCGCACCCGGAGCCCCAGCCUCCUUGCUCACUUAGAGAACAGCAAUCCUUCCAGCAUCCAUCAUUUUGAAAACAUACCAAACAGCCUUGCAUUUCUGCUUCCCUUCCAGUAUAUAAACCCCGUCUCAGCCCCGCUGUUAGGGUUGCCUCCCAAUGGGCUGCUGUUAGAGCAGCCUGGACUGAGGUUGCGGGAACCCAGCAUUUCAACUCAAAACGAAUACAAUGAGAGCAGUGAGUCGGAAGUAUCCCCCACACCUUAUAAGAGUGACCAGACACCCAAUAGAAAUGCCCUGACGAGCAUCACUAACGUGGAGCCUAAAACCGAGCCAGCAUGCGUCUCCCCCAUUCAGAAUUCUGCCCCAGUCAGUGACCUAAGCAAAACUGAACACCCAAAAAGCUCCUUCCGGAUUCAUCGUAUGAGAAGAAUGGGGUCAGCCUCGAGGAAAGGAAGAGUGUUCUGUAAUGCGUGUGGGAAGACUUUCUAUGACAAAGGUACGCUCAAAAUUCACUAUAAUGCUGUUCACCUGAAGAUUAAACAUCGAUGUACCAUUGAAGGUUGCAACAUGGUCUUCAGUUCCCUUCGAAGCCGGAAUCGCCACAGUGCAAAUCCCAACCCCCGCCUUCACAUGCCUAUGCUAAGGAAUAACCGAGACAAAGAUUUGAUUCGGGCUACGUCAGGGGCUGCCACUCCAGUCAUAGCUAGUACAAAAUCAAAUCUUACACUCACGAGCCCUGGCCGGCCCCCAAUGGGUUUUACCACUCCUCCACUUGACCCCGUCUUACAGAACCCUCUCCCUAGCCAGUUGGUAUUUUCUGGGCUAAAGACUGUACAACCAGUUCCUCCUUUUUAUAGAAGUUUACUUACUCCAGGGGAAAUGGUGAGUCCUCCAACUUCCCUCCCAACCAGUCCCAUCAUCCCUACCAGUGGUCCCAUAGAGCAGCACCCUCCUCCACCCUCUGAGCCAAUAGUGCCAGCAGUGAUGAUGGGCACUCAUGAGCCCAGUGCUGACCUGGCACCUAAGAAAAAGCCUAGGAAGUCAAGCAUGCCUGUAAAAAUUGAGAAGGAGAUCAUUGAUACAGCUGACGAGUUUGAUGACGAAGAUGAUGACCCUAAUGAUGGUGGAACUGUGGUCAAUGACAUGAGCCAUGACAAUCAUUGUCAUUCCCAAGAGGAGAUGAGCCCAGGCAUGUCUGUGAAGGACUUCUCUAAGCAUAGUAGGACCCGGUGCAUUUCAAGAACUGAAAUAAGAAGGGCUGACAGUAUGACAUCUGAGGACCAGGAGCCCGAGCGGGACUAUGAGAAUGAGUCUGAGUCUUCAGAGCCUAAACUUGGUGAGGAAUCCAUGGAAGGGGAUGAGCACAUUCACAGUGAGGUGAACGAAAAAGUCCUGAUGAACAGCGAGAGGCCUGAUGAGAACCAUAGCGAGCCGUCUCACCAGGACGUCAUCAAGGUAAAGGAAGAAUUCACAGACCCCACUUACGACAUGUUUUACAUGAGCCAGUAUGGACUGUACAAUGGCGGGGGGGCCAGCAUGGCUGCCUUGCAUGAAAGUUUCGCAUCGUCUCUGAAUUAUGGAAGCCCUCAAAAAUUCUCCCCGGAAGGUGACCUGUGUUCUAGUCCAGACCCCAAAAUCUGUUAUGUGUGCAAGAAGAGCUUCAAAAGCUCCUACAGUGUGAAGCUUCACUACAGGAACGUUCACUUAAAAGAGAUGCAUGUCUGCACAGUGGCUGGCUGCAAUGCUGCCUUCCCCUCUCGACGAAGCAGAGACAGACACAGUGCCAACAUAAACCUGCAUCGUAAACUGUUGACCAAAGAACUCGAUGACAUGGGCCUGGACUCAUCGCAGCCCUCCCUCAGCAAGGACCUCCGGGAUGAAUUUUUAAUGAAGAUCUAUGGUGCCCAGCACCCUCUGGGGCUCGAUGUCAGGGAAGAUGCCUCCUCUCCCGCAGGGACAGAAGACUCCCACCUGAAUGGGUAUGGGAGAGGCAUGGCGGAGGACUACAUGGUCCUUGACCUGAGCACCACCUCCAGCCUCCAGUCCAGCAGCAGCAUCCACUCCUCCAGAGAGUCAGAUGCAGGCAGCGAUGAGGGGAUUCUUCUUGAUGACAUUGAUGGCGCCAGUGACAGUGGGGAAUCCGCACACAAGGCUGAGGCUCCCACCCUCCCCAGCAGCCUAGGGGCUGAAGUUUCAGGGUCUCUUAUGUUCAGCAGCUUGUCUGGGAACAAUGGUGGGAUCAUGUGCAACAUUUGCCACAAAAUGUACAGCAACAAGGGGACCCUGAGGGUCCACUACAAAACUGUGCAUCUGCGAGAGAUGCAUAAGUGCAAAGUCCCGGGCUGUAACAUGAUGUUUUCCUCUGUGCGAAGCCGGAAUCGGCACAGUCAGAACCCUAAUCUCCACAAAAACAUUCCCUUCACUUCAAUAGAUUAGUCCCAGAACGAACACUACAAAUGCCAGCUCUCACCAGAUGGCCUACAUGUUUGAACUGCCAUAGCCUGUGUGUGCUUCCAUAGCGGGGCACACACGUGUGUGCACAUGUGUGUAGCUCUGUGUCUUCACUUGUGCACCCACAUAUUUCUUUUCUUUAGAUAAAAAUGAUAAACACUAGGUGCUUUUGAAUUUUUUUUUUUCUUUUCCUUUAUAGUUUUGGGAGAGGGUGGAUCUUUUACUUGGGGUAAAAACAAAAGUACCCCUUUCAAUACACACACACACAGGAACACACAUGUGUUCAGCUAACCCCAAUUUUGAUAGAAUAAUUCUUGGUCUUCUCCAAAGAGACAUUUUGUUGUACCUAUGACUGUUGCCUGCAAAAAAUAAAAGGGAAAAAAAGAGAAAAGAAACAAAAAGGAACUUCUUAUAGUUGUCUUUUGUGAACUUGAAGGUUUUGAGAGAAUCUUUAAUUAAAGCAUGGCAGAUUUGCCUGUACAUAUUUAGCCUUGAGAGGCCAAUGAUGUAAACCAGUUGUAUUGAUUGUUGUUUAAGUCUUCUUUAAUUUUGACAGUUACAUCCAGCUGUUAGAUAUGCAGGAAAUAAAUAGUUUGUUGGCUAGUUCUAUUCAUUUUUGUUAGCAUUAAUGCACAUUUCCUUUAU